AACGAGGCUGUGCGUCCAAGUGAACUGUGUUAUGGAGAAAAGUUGCGUGAUCAGGUGCCUUGCAGCGACCUAUGCAUCGUUCUUUCUUUGAAAACAUCUUACUUCAGAUGAAUUAAACGGUCAGGCACAAAAACUUAAAUAACACAUAUUUUUUGGUUAAUCACAUUGACGAUCAAUGGCUUUAGGCGACGGGGUAUAAAAUAAUGCAGAGAAGGAAGGGAGAGCGUUUGAAAGAAACCGUGGAGUCUCAAGUACCUUUUGGUCCAAGUAAAUUUGUGUGUGAUUUAAUGAUGGUGGAAUCAAUCAAAUGUGUACCGAAGAUGAAAACUAAACGGCGAAACGGCUCGGUUAAAACACACCUGAUGCCAAAGGACUCAAAUAGCCCUACCAGCAGGCCCUCACAGCAGUCUCAGUCAGUGAAUCCAUCUGGCGACAAAAGUGGCUCCUCAAUUUUGAAAAUAUCUGUCGACCUUUGGCCUGUCCUCUCCAUGGCUGUUGAGCCCCUUAAAAUGGACCAACAUGAAAUAUCUUAUGAUGAUCUGAAAAUGACAGAAAUCGGACUCUCAAAUGAAAUAAAAACUGAUAAACAUUUGAAAGAAGUCAAGUCUAUGACUAUUAAUAAAAAACUAAAACUACACCAAGUGAAUAAACCUAUAAUGGGGAGUAAUAAAAUCGUGCUGCCUCCACUGAAAUCAUCCAUUCUGCCAUCAGCAUCUAACUUUGAUAAAUGCAUAAAACCAUGCUGCACAAUGCCACACAUUGAUGUUUCAGAAAAACAUCCUCUGGAUUUUGCUCAUGCUAAAUCAAAAAUAGAAUUGGAAUAUGAAGAGACAAAGCCAAGAUUUCUGAAGACUGAUGCCAUCAAGAAUAUCCUGAGCCAAAAUAUGGCACCACAGUUGCAGCUCCCUGACAUUUCUGUUUCAAGCAUCCAAAUGCUCAUUGAGAGAGUGGAAAGGCAACUGGACAGUGGUUCUUAUGGAAUGUUUUGCCUCUACCAUCCUCCAUACUGUGCGUGGGGGUAAGAUACCAUGGGGGCAAAAUAAAACUUCCUGAGAUCAAGCUACCCCAAGCUCAAAGGGAGAUGUCUGAGAUGUCGGCCAGGAUAUCUUGCAGUCCUCCUCUCCAUGAGAAGAAUGUGAAUCAGCUCGCUAUCCUCCGCUUUCAUAAGGAAACACAUAAUUUUCCCUGGUCUGUCAACAAAUGAAAGCUACAUUGAACCUGUAUACUCACUAACACAGAAAACAAACGCAAACAUGACUCCAGAAAAUGUUUUGAGUAUUAAAUAUUUAUUCAUAAA